AUGAGUCGAUAUUAUAUAUUUCUAAACGAUUCGUUUGAUAGUUAUGUUUUUAGACAACAAUUGUCUAAACGUAGAGUUGUCUGUGUAUUGUUAACACAGUUUAUACUAUUGAUAUGUUGUCUAAAAUUUCUGGUAACAGCUAUUAUCAAUGAGUUAUGGAUUUGGGACUUAUUAGGCGAUCCUAACUAUACGAUAGCCAAUCCUAGACUCGUAGGACUGGCACUAAGUAACGACAUUAAUAGUCUAAAAAUAAUUGAAUCUAAAACUAUUAGUAAAUCACUGGCUAUUAUUGAUUUACUAGUAAUAGUCAACAAUAAUAAUAAUAAUAAUAAUAAUAUCAAUGAUCCGGGAGAUGACCUACAACAUGAUCCCUGUGCCCGUAAAUCAAACAUAGAUUCCAGUCAAUGUUUAUUCAAUAAACUACCCGAUUAUGAUCCCCUAAAUAAACAACUGGUCUACCUGUGCUGUGUGUCGUGGGUGGCCAACGAUUGUAUGGCCACGAGUGGUAAAGUUGAUUGUACAGCUGAUGAAUAUUUGACCAUGCACAAAAUAUUGGACCAAUUAAUUCAAUUGGGUAAUCAAGGUGAAUGUAAAGAUUAUCCAUAUAAAUCGGGUAUUGCUAAAUGUUAA